CCCAGCCCGAUACAACCAGGCCCAGCCCAGCCCGGUACAACCAGGCCCGGUACAAGCCCAGCCCGGUACAACCAGGCCCAGCCCGGCCCAGCCUAGUCCAGCCCGGCCAGGCCCGAGGUCUGCGCAUAUUUGAAAAACAACAAUGACGUCUAUCAUAAAGCUGACUGCCAUUUCUGGAGUACAGGAGGAAUCUGCCCUCUGUUAUUUGCUGCAGGUGGAUGAAUUCCGCUUUCUGCUUGAUUGUGGCUGGGAUGAAAGCUUUUCCAUGGACAUCAUAGAUUCACUGAAAAAAUAUGUACAUUUGAUUGAUGCAAUCCUCCUUUCUCAUCCUGACCCCUUACACCUGGGUGCACUCCCUUAUGCUGUUGGGAGGCUAGGGUUAAACUGCUCCAUUUAUGCCACUAUUCCUGUUUACAAGAUGGGGCAGAUGUUUAUGUACGAUCUCUAUCAGUCUCGGCACAAUACUGAAGAGUUCUCCCUGUUUACAUUGGAUGAUGUGGAUGCAGCAUUUGAUAAAAUCCAGCAACUGAAAUACUCUCAGAUUGUCAACUUAAAAGGUAAAGGACAUGGCCUAUCCAUAACUCCAUUACCUGCAGGUCACAUGAUUGGAGGAACAAUUUGGAAGAUUGUGAAAGAUGGUGAAGAGGAGAUUGUGUAUGCAGUUGAUUUUAACCAUAAGAGAGAAAUCCAUCUGAACGGAUGUUCACUGGAAAUGAUUAGUCGGCCAUCUUUACUCAUCACGGAUUCUUUCAAUGCCACAUAUGUUCAACCCCGAAGAAAGCAACGUGAUGAACAACUGCUCACCAAUGUCCUGGAGACUUUACGUGGAGAUGGCAAUGUGCUCAUAGCUCUGGAUACUGCUGGCAGAGUUCUGGAACUAGCUCAGCUUUUGGAUCAAAUCUGGAGGACAAAAGAUGCUGGGCUGAGCGUCUACUCUCUUGCUUUACUCAAUAACGUUAGCUACAAUGUGGUGGAGUUUUCCAAAUCGCAGGUAGAAUGGAUGAGUGACAAGUUAAUGAGAUGCUUUGAAGACAAACGAAACAAUCCCUUUCAAUUCCGUCACCUUUCAUUGUGCCACAGCCUCUCGGAUUUGGCACGGGUGCCUAGUCCAAAGGUGGUGCUUGCUAGUCAGUCCGAUAUGGAAUGUGGAUUUUCACGUGACCUAUUCAUACAGUGGUGUCAGGACCCAAAGAAUUCUGUAAUUCUCACAUACAGAACAACCCCAGGUACACUGGCCAGAUAUCUGAUAGACAAUCCACUCACCAAGAAAAUGGAAAUAGAGAUUAGGCGUCGUGUAAAAUUGGAAGGGAAAGAUUUAGAAGAAUAUCUGGAAAAGGAAAGGCUCAAGAAAGAGGCGGCUAAAAAGCAGGAACAAGAAAAAGAGCGAGAUGUUGACUCCAGUGACGAGAGUGAUGUUGAGGAAGACUUGGAUCAGCCGCUUGCCGGAAAAGCCAAACAUGAUCUCAUGAUGAAAAGUGAGAGUAGUCGCAAGGGAAGCUUCUUCAAACAAGCUAAAAAAUCUUAUCCCAUGUUCCCAGCCACAGAGGAGAGAGUGAAGUGGGAUGAAUAUGGAGAAAUAAUAAGAGCUGAAGAUUUUUUAGUUCCAGAGCUUCAGGCCACAGAAGAAGAAAAGAGCAAACUUGAUGCUGGUCUGAGUAAUGGAGAUGAACCUAUGGAUCAGGAUCUAUCUGAUGUUCCAACCAAGUGCAUUGCUGCAACAGAAACCAUAGAUAUCAGAGCAAGAGUGACAUAUAUUGAUUAUGAGGGGCGUUCAGAUGGUGACUCUAUCAAAAAAAUCAUUAAUCAGAUGAAACCCCGUCAGUUAAUUAUUGUUCACGGACCUCCAGAGUCCAGCCAAGAUCUUGCUGAAUCCUGCAAAAUAUUUGGUGGAAAGGACAUAAAACUUUACACACCAAAGCUUCAAGAAACAAUAGAUGCUACAAGCGAAACUCAUAUUUACCAGGUUAGACUAAAGGAUUCUUUGGUCAGUUCCCUUCAGUUCUGUAAAGCAAAGGAUGCAGAAUUGGCCUGGAUAGAUGGUAUUUUGGACAUGCGGGUGUCAAAAGUAGAUACUGGGGUCAUUCUUGAAGAGGGGGAGUUAAGAGAUGAUGAAGAAGGAGAAAUGCAGGUGGAUGCUCCUACAUCUACACACAGCUCGGAUCAAGUUGCAGCUCAACAAAAGGCUUUGAAGAACCUAUUUGAUGAUGAUGAUAAAGAGAACAAUGAAGAUCUUGAUGUAAUUCCCACUUUGGAACCAUUGUCACCAAAUGAGGUUCCUGGUCAUCAAGCAGUCUUUAUUAAUGAGCCAAGAUUAUCUGAUUUUAAACAAGUUCUUUUGCGGGAAGGUAUCCAGGCAGAAUUUGUUGGAGGUGUGCUUGUCUGCAAUAAUUUAGUAGCUGUUCGAAGAACUGAGACAGGACGCAUUGGAUUAGAAGGAUGUUUGUGCGAAGAUUAUUAUAAAAUAAGGGACCUUUUAUACGAACAGUAUGCAAUUGUAUAAUUGUGCGUGGAAUUCUCUUGGAAAAUCUAUUCUACUCACUGGGAGUCAUCUCGAACUCUGGGAGGCUUGAAAGUGACAUGAAAAAUCUGGACAAUUUUUUCUUUCUACAAUAGCAAUUCUUUGUCUUUCGAGUUUGGUAUUCUUUUCUCAUUCCAUUGGAAGAAAUUUGAGGUGCAAAUUUGUCUUUGUGUAUGUCAAAACUGAUAAACAUAAGAUUACGUUCUCUUUUCACUGGAUUCCUUCAGAAUUGAUUUCUUGACCAAUUACAGUACAUUUUGAGGGCUCACGGAAUACCAGAUUUAAUUUGCCUAUUUACGUAAUAACACUGCAACUUGGGAUGCUGUACUUUUAUCAAGCUGUGUCAAACUAACUUGGCCUAUUAUAUGUGUAGGGACGAACAUAUAAUAUGGUUUAAACCGAAGAUAGACACAAAAAGCGGGAGUAAGUCAGCAUCUCUGGAGAAAUGGAAUAGAUGACAUUUUGGGUUGAGACCCUUCAGACUUCUCCAGUCUGAACAAGGGUCUUGACCUGAAAUGUCACCUAUCCCUUUCCUCCAAAGAUGUGCCUGUCCUGCUAAGUCACUCCAGAUUUUUGUGUCUAUCUUAGCCAGCAGAGAAAUAAAACAGGUGAGUUUUCGACCAAGAAAAGCCCAAAAUAAUUUUAAAGUUUUAAAUUUUUUUUCUGAAAUGUUAGUAUGUAUUUUGGAGAAUUUGGUGUGCUCACCCUAUACAAUAUGGGACUACUAAGUUGGUUUAUCAGUUUUUUGUAAAAUUAUAAAAUACCGGACUCACCAAUGCAUAAAUAUUGUAAAUAGAUUGCAUUUAUAAAGGAGAAAUGCUGUUUGAGAUUUGUUUACAAAUAAGUUGUAACUUAGUUUUGCAAUCCAUAAAAACAUAAUUAAAUUGUUUAUAAAAUUUAGCCUUUAAAUUUUUUUCGUGCAUUCACCCUGUUCUUACUGAAAGUGUGCAUUCUAAUGUAGUUCUUGAGUAGAUCGUACUCGGUAGAUAGUAGGCAAUUAUUGAUAAUAUGAAAAUCAAAAUUGAAUCAAAAUUUGGCAGCAUGGGUGGUGCUGCAGUAAGGAUGCUGUCUGUACAGAGUUUGUACGUUCUCCCUGUGACGUGCGUGGGUUUUCUCCGGGAUCCACCCUUCCUCCCACACUCCAAAGACAUACAGUUUUGUAAGCUAAUUGGCUUGGUAUAACUGUAAUUAUUGUUCCUUAGGAUAGUAUCAGUGUGAGGGGAUCGCUGGUCGGACAGACUCUGUGGGCCGCAGGGUAUCUCCUGUUUCCUCGCUGUAUCUCUAAACUAAACUAAACUAAAAUAAUUACUGAUGUUGUAAACUUUAGCAUGGAAGCAGGCCUUUUGGCUUACUGGGUCUGCGCUGAGCAGCAAACCCCGUACACUAGCAUUAUCUUACACACUAGGGACAAUUUACAAUUUUACUGAAGCCAAUUAACCUACAAACAUGUAUAUUUUUGGAGUGUGGGAGGGAACCGGAGCACCCGGAGAAAAACCAUGCAGUCACAGGGGGAACGUACAAACUCCAUACACGCAGCACCCGUAGUCAAGUUUGAACCUGGGUCUCUGGUGCUGUAAGGCAGCAACUCCACCACUACGCCACAGUGCUGCCCCAAUCUGAAAUUUAAGAAAUUCCAGAUACACUCAGCAGAUCGGGAACCAUCUGUGGAAAGAGAAAUAAAGUUAUGGUUUAAAUUCUAACUAAGGGCCCUGGAACUGAAUCGUUAAUGCCCCUGUUCCACUUAGGAAACCUGAACGGACACCGCUGGAGACUUUGCGCCCCACCCAAGGUUUCCGUGCGAUUCCCGGAGAUUCCCUGAGGGUUUUGUCGGUCUACCUACCUGCUUCCACUACCUGCAACCUCCGGCAACCACCUGCAACCUCUGGGAACCACACGGAAACCUUGGGUGGGGCACAAAGUCUCCAGAGGUAAACCGUUCAGGUUUCCUAAGUGGGACAGGGGCAUUGACUCUUUAUCUCUUUUCAUGGAUGUUGCCUGACCUGCUGAGUUUCGGCAAAAUUUUCCCUCUGUCAAGUAUUAAUUGUAUCUCCCUGCUUGCCAUGGCUGUAAUCUUUUGAGCUGCAUUGAAUGGCAUAAUUUUCAUGUAUUUUGCAUUUAUCUCUACAUAUUAUUGUGCACAUGUGAGAUUAACAUUAAUAGCAAACUUAUUACCUAUGUGCUGGUAAUCUUGUUUUUUUUUUUCGUGGUGAUCUACAUUGCAAAUUAUUGAAAAGAGUGUAGUCUUCUGUUUAGAAGUACCGUAAGUCUUAAGUAUUCCCAUCAGUCAUACAAUUUUUGAGAAAUUUAUCAUUCGGAAGAUAUCCACUGUAGGAUACUUACAGGGCAUUCUCAUCAGCUGAGCAUGAAAGAAUUUCAUUUUAAUAAAGCUUUAUUAUGUUAGUUCUCUUUGAUAGUGAUAGGUGUGGAGGGGAGAAGGGAAACUAUUUAAGUAUGUUUUUUUUGCCUUUUGGGACAUGCUUUUUUUACCCUGCGUCAUUGACUGCUCCUUGAUAAAAUGGUUGAAACUGGGGAAUGUCAAUAUAAAAUCACCAAGGCAAAUUAAGCUUAUUGGCAAAUUAAUAUUUUUCACUGCUGUAAUAUUUACGCUUUCACAAUGUUUGAUAAUCACGUUACCAUUUUCAGAACAUUUUGAGCAUAACUGGAAUUUCCAAAUUUAUGUUAUUUUUACCAUGGUUUUUGCAAUGCAAACCUCAAUGAAAGCCUUUGAUGCCUUAUGAAAGGAAUGGUAAUCUUCUUAGCUGUUGCAGUCCAUGUGUGCUUCCACAGUGUCAUUAGAUUUGUAGUUCCAGAAUUUUGAUUUAGCAACAAUAAAAUCACUGAUUUCAAUUUCUAAGACGGGGAAACUUUGAUUCUGUUGCACUUGUCCUUAAAUAUAAUAAACGUGUACAGAUGU